ACACCUCGGUAGCUUGCUAGCCAACAGCCGAAAUAUUCCAGCUGUUUAUACGCUUUCGGCGUAUAUUAGCUGAUGUGUUUUAGACACUCUUCUGUCGUAUCUACUUGUUAACCUAUUUAAUGUAAUAUUACGUAAUUAGUUAGUCAAUUUAUUAGUCAACUAUAGUAGCUGGCUGGGUAAGUUAGCACUAGCAUGGUCACUAAUGAUAGCUGGCUAGCUAACAUCCAUGAACAUGAGCUCCCCUCCUGUUAAAGAAGAGGAAGUCUGCUGGACGGAGGAAGAGGGUCUGUGGCUGAACGUUGUGGUGAAAGAGGAGGAAGAGGAUGUCAAAAUACAAAAACAAGUAGAGGGUGAGGCUGUUACAGUGAAAGAAGAAGAGAAAGACUCGUUCAGAGUGAAAGAGGAGGAUGUUACAGUCAAAGAAGAGGAGGAAGAGAAAGAGGAGGAUACAGUUUUUGGAGUGAAGAAGGAAGGGGAGAUUACUAUCACAUUGAAAGAUGAAGAUGAAGAGGAGGAGAUAGGAUAUCUGAUUAGCACCAGAAAGAGAAGUGUCUAUCUUGGAUCCUCUGGGGAGCCUCAACAACCUCAAGAUGCUGACGAGGCAGAGAAAGGUUUCUCCAGAUCUGAACUCCUCAAGAAGCACCAGCAGAGACCUACAGGGGAAAAAUCUCACUGCUGCUCUGACUGUGGGAAGAGAUUCACCUCCUCAGCAGGCAUUACAAUUCAUCAAAGAAUCCACACAGGAGAGAAACCUUAUUGCUGUGAUCAAUGUGGGAAGAGAUAUCUUACAUGCAGCAGUCUAACUAAACACCAGAGAACACACACCGGAGAGAAACUUUUUAGCUGCUCUGACUGUGGAAAGAGUUUUGUUUCUUCAGGAUGUUUAGAAUCACACCAGAGAACACACACAGGAGAGAAACCUUAUAGAUGUGAUCAAUGUGGGAAGAGUUUUGUUACAUCUAGUAGUCUGACUAAACACGAGAGAACACACACAGGAGAGAAACCAUAUAACUGUAAACAAUGUGGGAAGACUUUUAGUCAGUCAUUCAGCCUGAUAUCACACCAGAGAACACACACCGGAGAGAAACCUUAUAGCUGUGAUCAAUGUGGGAAGAGUUUUGUUACUUCUAGCAGUCUGACUAUACACCAGAGAACACACACAGGAGAGAAACGUUAUAGCUGUGAUCAAUGUGACAAGAGAUACUCUAGUAAAAGAUCUCUGAUCAAACAUCAGAAAAAACAUACAUGAAGGAGUUGUUUCACGAUAUCAAUGAAAUAAAACCUCAAAAUGUAGAAUGUUUUAACAUUGUAGUAGGAGUAUUUUAAUGAAGUCACAAUGUAGAACCCUAAACGAGUAACCGGAAGGUUGCGAGUUCAAACCCCCGAGCUGACAAAGUACAUAUCUGUUGUUCUGCCCCUGAACAGGCAGUUAACCCACUGUUCCCAGGCCGUCAUUGAAAAUAAGAAUUUGUUCUUAACUGACUUGCCUGGUUAAAUAAAGGUAAAAUAAAAUAAAGAAAUUGAUUUCAGUGUGAUAUGGAUAUUAGCCUCGGGAAAAAUCCAGGCUCUGAAAUGGAAGAGUACUAUUUAUGUGGUCUAACAAAAAGUGACUAACAAAAAAAAGAGUUGUGUUGCACUUACCGCAUUGGCGACCCACUUGAAUCAAUAUGUAGCUAGCUGUUUUCUACAAGUUGUCUUCUAACCAGUGAUGUACACAUUAUUCCCAGAUUCUGUGUGGUUUUUGAGCUGUUGGUUUGAUGAGUGAUGACAAAUAAGUGUUCCAUCUCUCCAAAAUGUCGCUGACUGUCUUCUGCAGGUUGUCCUCUAACCAAUGAGGUAACAGGUAACUCUAAUUUCCACGUGUUUUUUUUGGUUGUUGUGUUAGUUUCAACAGCAGUACAACCUGAUUUCCCCACUAAUCGAAAUCAGUGAUUUAUUGCUACUUGUCAAAACAAGUGUUUCUGGUGCUUGUGCAGUUUAAAAUGUGCUUGUUUAAUAAAUAAAAGUAAUAUGGUUAUUGUGGCAGAUGUGUUUAUAUUGUACAUUUUAUGUUUUCAAUAUAUCACAACCUGUUUCUGCAUAUUGGUUAUUGAUUUGGACAUGUUAAAACUGUGUUUUGACAUCGGGACUAUCUGUUGAAGGAAUUAAAUUCCUAUAUGUUUUAAUACCCAAUUAAAAUG